AUGCCAGAGCUUCUCGCCCAGCUAGUGCGCGAGGUGGAACGCGUGGUUACCGCGCCCUAUGCGCCUUCGUUACAGGACCUCAACGAGCUGGUUCACCAAAGAAGACAAUCAACAAUUAGCUCUUGGGCAAUCUCGAAGCCCUGUCAAGUCGGCUUGUUAGCCGAUGUUUUGGUCGAAGCCUUAUCGCGGUCACGCGUCGCUCUGCCUCUUAUCACUGUAUUUGCAUCUGCCUCGGCAUUUAGAGAUGCCUUGCUAGAGCGGAAUCCGGUACUUUUAGACGCGUUUCUGGAAAAAGCCGUGAGAGAUGAGGGCGUCGAGUACUCCUCGGCAUGCAUUGCUUUAUUAUCAUCGCCCCUACCAGCGGGUGUUGUUCCACCCGCCAGGAUAGCCCCCUUCAUCACGAAGUUGGUCGACACAAUGGCAGGGAAGCCCUGCAUUGAGACAAUAGCACCUAUUCACGCCCUGAUUUCCGGAAUCAGGGGCUCACCACGAAUAUUGGAUGAUAUUCCAUCCGACAUCAUGUCCAAUCUCCAGCUGGAGUUCACCAAGAUAUUGCGCAAUCUCGACGACCAUAUGGGCAACCUCUUGUGCCUGGCAACCUUUGCACAAAUAGCGACAGCACUAGACACAACAUCCCAGAACCAACACGGAUCAGAGAGCCCGACAUGGUUGCUCAACAUUAAACAUUUCUUUGGCCAGAAGCGCGGCCUCAAAACACUCGAUUUGGUUGUCUUGCGUGUCAUACUGGCUUGUUCGUCCAGUUGCAAUUUGGCACCGUCCGAGGCUGCUGAGAGUAUUCGGCUGGCAAUAUGCAUUGCUGAUGCCACUGGACCAGAGCAAAAAAGGGCUUGGAUAGCUGGUAAUUCUUCAAAGAUUGCCAAGCUGUGCGAGAAAGCUGCUAGAGAGGGUCUUGAAGGUGUAACGCGGACGAUGGUGAUCAUCUUCCUGCACACUCUUCUCCCGUCGCAUUCGCUGUCUUCUCAGCUAAGGGAUCUUGGCAUGGAUGUUCUUCUGUCCAAGGAUAGUCACGGGACGAUAGGAGUUAUACCCCCGACGUUGGUUUCACGUCUGGCAAAGUCUUUAGCGGAAUUGGGAGAAUCCACUGCCCGCCGACUCUUGAUCUUCACUCUUGAUGCCUUGAAAGGUAGCAAGUGGCCGGCAGCAGGAACUAUGGAAAUGCUGCACUUAGCAGACUUGGUAUUAGCAGGCCUACAUCAGACAACCAUACUUACAAGCGCUAAUACAUUAGUAACCCCUCUGGGGGAGGUUCUUGGGGAAAUGGUCGAGUAUUUUCUGCGCGAGCCAAGUGAAAGCCAAUGCAGCGGUCAGACGAUGUGCACAUCGCAGCUGUACUCAAUGCGGAACAGGCUAUUUCUCUCCUUGUUUGGGCUCUACGACAUGAUUUUCUCGGCACAUGACGGCAAGAUCAUGAAAUCCUUCCUAGCACGGGUGGCGAGAUCUGUUUUAAAAGCCGAUUGUGCCUUCUCGAGAACCAGUACGAAGGACUUCCGCGGAUUCUUCACUCUGCGCGACGGACGUGACCCCUCCAACCCCAUCAAUCGCGAUUGGCGCUCUGGGGUCACCGAGCUUUUCGUGAAAAAUGCACAGACCUCUCAGGAGACGAUGAUGAGAAAGAUUGAGGAUACGUGCUUUGAUCUCGAGCGCCGCUGUAAUGAUGUCGAAGGACCCUUGCGGGCUGCCGAGGCAGAGCGAGACAGAUAUGCCCAUGACAACGAGGAACUGAAAAGGCAAAAUGAAGAGUUGAAGACUCAAGUGAGACAAUCAUCUGAGUCUUUCACUGAACUUGGAUAUGAGAAUACACGCCUUGAACAACUCCUCCAGGAACACGUCGUGUACCGCGAGGAGUUGACAUCGUCUCUAGGCUCUGUCCAAGAAAAGCUUUGGGAGCUGCAGCAGAGCUCUGAGCAAGCCAUUCUGACAGAGAAAGAGAAGUCACGCUCUAAGGAGUUAGAGAUAAUAGCUAUUCUAACCGAGAAAGAAGAUCAGCUGGAAGAGCUUCAUGAGAAGAUUUGUGGCUUACAGACGAGGAAUGAAGAGGCACGCCAGGCUCUUGAUCAACUAACUUCUGAGAAGGCCACCUUGUCAGACCUAUCUACUUCUUUGAAGCAAGAGCUUGUCGACACUGUAAACACUCUGGAGCAGGCUAAGCUUCGUGCUGAUCAGACAGAGGAUGGCAUGCGAACUGAACUAGAAUCUUUGAAAUCAAGGGUGGCGGAACAGAAUAGUGAACUCGAAAGGCUCUCUUCUGCACUUCACAAAGCUGAUGGAUUACGGAGUGAUAUUGAGAGUUUGAACACAAAUCUUCAAGCCGAGGCCACCAGGGCCAUGUCUGAGAUUGCAAAGCACGAGACAGAGAAGUGCCGAUUGCAAACUGCUCUAAAGGCUGUCUUCCUUGAAGCAUCUAAAGCUGCCGAAUUGAAAGAGAAACGCAUACAGCACUUGGAAAGAAAGGUGCAAGCCUUGCGUGAUGAACGCGCCUCCAAGGCCCGUGAAUUCUCCGAAGCACAGCAACACAUCGGCCGAUUAAUGGGUGUAAUGGGCUUCUCUGCCAAUGCCCCUGGAACAAACGAACCCAAACACCAGCGCACCAGAUCCUCUAUGCACCCCACAACCCCUGCUGCAAGGGUCCCUCAACCAAUCAGCGACGACGAAGAUGGUACAAAACUAACAGAGUCGUUUGAAUCGAUGGCUUCCAAUCUGAACGAGCCUACACCGAAGCGACCAAGAAGCAACAGCAAGCCAACGAACGAAUCAGGAGUCCCAGUUAAUUCUUUCGCUGCAGGGCUGGGGCCUAAAACCAGAAGUCCACCGCCUACUAGCAGGGUGUCUCGCUCUAUGAGAAUGCCACUAUCCGAGGCUGACCCCAACAGCCUGACUAAGUCACAGUCGAGGAGUGUGUCGAAACGCAGUCAAGUUGAUGAACUCUCUCAGGAGCCGCAGGCUGGGCGGAAAUAUGAGGAGAAUCGACUUCAGGAUCUUAAUCUGGAUAUGGAUCUGGAAUUUUCGAGAGACUUUUUAUUCACUAGUACGGAUUUUACUAGGUCGGGCGAUCAGAUAGAUCAGUGA